CUGGGCCGGAGAUGGAAGCGUGUUUACAUGGUUCGCUGUUUGUGUUUAUAGUGUAGUAAUAUUGGGGCAGGAAAAUGAAACUUGAAAUUUAUAACGAAAUAAUUAGUAUUAUAAGGGAGUAUGAUGGGGCUAAGGUAUGCCCGUGGCGGGAAGUGGAUUCUAUUCUUAAACAACGAUUUCCAGAUGUUUCAGCUGACACAUUGGGUAGCAUUUAUUCCCUUGAAUACCAAAAGAAGAUGAAGAAAAACCAUCAGAAAUUCAGUAAGACUGGAGAAAAAUUGUAUAAAAAGUACCAGAAAGAAGCAGAUUCUGGAGAGAAGCCAGGAAUUCUCCUCCGCCUUGCUGACAGUAUUGAUCUAUCUCCAGCAUUACUUGCACGUAUAAUUUUAGAACAGCAUCAAGAACAAGGGUCAGAUGAAGAAGAAGUUUGGUUCCCCACUAUACAUCACAACAGACUGCAGCUGCCAGUUCAAAUCAGAAUUGUUUGCUCAGCUCAACAGAUACUGUGGAACUGUUCACCACAAGACCACAAGCUGCCAUCAUCUUCGAAGAAUACAAUCACAAAACUGAUGAGGGAUACUACAUUAAUAAAAAACAAGGACCUAGCAUAUGAAGUAUAUUUGUGCGUAAUCCAUGAUGACCAGUACGGACCUGUCACAGACUGCAUUAAACACUCCAUUGGGCAGGAAUAUGAGCUACGUUUGCAAAGAAUGGUAAGAAAUGCUAACAUACCAUUCAAGGAUGAAGAGCAGCUGCGAACAUGUGGUUAUGACAAGACACCAGAUGUUAAGCUGGAGUUGCCUGUGGCGGUAGAUGGCUUUGUAGUAAGCUGGAUAGAAAGUAAAGCACUCUUUGGUGAUGAAGCAAACCACAAAACAUAUAUAAAGGAACAGUAUCUUAGUUACUGGAACAGAUUUGGCCCUGGACUUGUCAUUUAUUGGCUUGGCUUUGUUGAUACACUGGAGUACAUCAGUGAAAAGAGAUUCAUCAUACGUGACACAUUUCCAAACAAUAUUACAUUAAUGGAUCCAAAGAGCAUAUAGUUGCUUGCACUAGAUUUGAAUUGUUUCAACAUAUCAUGCAUCAACAUUUUCUUACGACCAAGUAGACUAAAGAUUGCUUCUCAGUGAAACUUGUUGUACAGUAUGGAGCAUAUGAAGGAAGAGGUUGCAACAUCUUGAUCUGUUUGCAUCAUCAAGUUUGUACUGGUUAUGCCACUUAAGAUUUUGGCACAGCAAAUGAAGAAGCAAACUUUGUAUCCUACAUUUUCCAAGCCAGAGUAACUCACUACAAACUGAGUCAGUUAUGACAUUGCAUUCUGCCAACUGAAAAUUUUAAACCAUAACAUGGAAAGAAGCAGAUAUUUGUUAAUAUAUUGUUCAUUCCUAAAGAGUUUUAAAAAAUUUCUUUCAUUUGUUUACAUCAUUUUCAGUUUUAUUUUUCAUAGCUCUAACCGUGGACAUUUCUUUCAGUAAUUCAGUUUUAUGUUAGAUCCUUUCUUGUAGUUAUUCUGACAUGGUAAUGGGAGCAGUUGUAAGAAAUUGGUUGAGUAUUGUGAACUUAGUGCCAGUGUCAAAAAAUAAGUGAUUAAUAAAUACAAGGCCAAAUGCA